AUGAUUGGCGGUGGUGGCUUUGGUCAAAUUUAUCGCGUCAUUGAUGAACGUACCAAAUCGGUACUAGCAAUAAAAAUUGAACCAGAUGAUCAUGAACCGGGUCGAAUGAUACUCGAGCAAAAAAUAAUGCUAAAGCUUCGAGGGACGCCACAUAUACCACAAUUUUAUGCUAGUGGUAAUUUCUGUGGUUACAAUUUCAUUGCUAUGCAAAUAUUGGGGAAAAAUUUGAGUGAACUAAGAAAACAUCAGCCAAAAAGACGUUUAAGUAUUUCAACAGUUUCACGUGUGGGAUUGCAAUCAGUGAUAGCAUUGAAAGCUGUCCAUGACAUUGGAUAUAUACAUCGAGAUGUAAAACCUUCAAAUAUUUGCAUUGGACUGUACUCGCAUAAACGAACAAUUUAUAUAAUCGAUUUUGGUAUGGCUCGACAGUAUCGUUUUGAUGAUGGUAUGGUACGAAAAGAGCGGUAUUAUGCCGGUUUUCGUGGAACCAUGCGAUAUGUAUCCGUUACGGUUCACGAAAGACGAGAUCAGGGUCCUGUUGAUGAUUUCUGGAGUUUAUUUUACUCACUGAUUGAGCUUAUUCAAGGUUCUUUACCAUGGAGUGCAUUUGUGGAACCGAAUGAAAUUGCAAAAUUCAAGAAAAAUGUCAUUUUUGAUGAAUUUGGAAGAUUGGUGCCAAAAGAAAUGGAGACAAUAAUGAAACAUCUGUCAGAGUUGCAUUAUCAUCAAAUUCCCAAUUAUGAAUUUCUUAAAGGCGAGCUCAACAAAAUGCUACCAAAAAAUAUACCAGAAGAUUUGCAAUAUGAUUGGGAAAUAGAACAAAAUGAUAUGAAUUGA